CUUCUUGUACUGGACAGUAGAGAUCUUGCAGAUCCAGCCAUUAUUGAUUCCGUUCGUAAAAUUGAGAAAUUGGGACAAGAGCAGUAUGACAUCUAUGUAGGAGAGAGGCUAGUCAAUCAAACAAAGUCCGUCUGGGAGCCUAUCAAGAAGAACAAUUUGGUACUAUUUAGCCGACCUCCUAUCCGAAAAAAGACAAAGUCGCAGCUACAGCUUGCUUCCCUAAAAAAUGACUGCUCCCUCUUUUCACGUCUUUACGUUGCAUCGCAGGUCCGCAAUGGGAAUCUUGAUGAAUUUUUCGAGCAUGAGAAUCAAGCAUACCCUCCACCACUAUCACUAAAUGCCAAGCUGAGAACCAGUACUAAGUCUGACCUUGUUAGUUGUCUGGAAGAACUGGUUAAUUAUCAUGAGAAUGCCACUCGUCCCAGUGUGGAAGUUAUCAUCCUCGAUGGCUCUGUCAUUGUAAACAUGCUUCGACCAGGUUCAGCAAAAACUUUCUCGGAUUAUGCUUCGCAAGUUUUUUUUCCAUACGUAGCGUCCCAGCUGCAGCAAGCAAGUAGAAUUGACAUCGUUUGGGAUGAGUACCGCCCUGACAGUUUGAAAGCUGAAACGAGAGUUAAGAGAGGAAAGGGAGUUCGAAGACGCGUAGAGGCUUCAACACCAAUUCCAGGAAACCGGCAAGAGUUUUUGCGCACUCAUGAAAAUAAAGUAGAACUGUUUAGUUUUCUAGCAAAUAGAGUGCCAUGCAUCGAAACCGAAAAGCAAGUUCUCAGCACUAUUCAGUCUGAUAUAGUUUGCACUCAGUCAAGAAAUGUUUCGAGACUUACCCCAUGUACACACGAAGAAGCAGAUACCAGGAUCAUCUUGCACUUGGAGGACGCUGUCACUGAAGGAUUUAACAAAAUAUUCAUUCGUACCGUUGACACUGAUGUAGUGGUUUUGGCAGUGGCAGCAGCACAGCACCACAGAAACACUGAAAUCUGGAUCGCUUUUGGUACAGGAAAGAGUUUCCGCUUUUUAGCCGCUUACGAGAUGGCUAGAGUACUGGGACCAGACCGAUGUACUGCCUUGCCGAUAUUCCACGCCUUUACUGGGUGUGACACUGUUUCAUUUUUUGGAGGAAGGGGUAAACGAACUGCCUGGGACACGUGGAGAUCCUACAACGGUAUCAGAUCGAUAUUCGUCUCUUUGGCAAACACCCCAGAGUCGGUGGAGAGUUCAGUUGCAUCACUGGAGCGAUUUGUGAUUUUGCUGUAUGAUCGCACCAGCAGCCUAGAAGACAUCAAUCAGGCCAGGAAGCACCUCUUUGCACAAAAAGGCAGGUCGAUCGAAAACAUUCCACCGUCGAAAGCAGCCCUUGUACAGCACAUCAAGCGGGCAGUCUAUCAAGCUGGUUAUUGCUGGGCACAAGCGACGACUUCAAGCCCUGAUCUUCCAUGCCCUAGUGAAUGGGGCUGGAAAAGAAAGGAGCCAUGCAGCUGGGGAGCCAACUGGACCUCACUGCCAGAAGCAACGGUGGCCUGCAGAGAACUUUUGAGGUGUGGUUGCAAGAAAGGUUGCAAAAAGAACUGCAGAUGCUCAAAGGCUGCUCUGCAGUGCACAGCUCUAUGUCAAUGUGGUGGACAAUGUACUGAGAGCUAG